AUGGCUUCCUCGUCGUCCAACGUCGUCGGCGUCCACUACCGAGUCGGAAAGAAAAUCGGAGAGGGCUCCUUUGGUGUCAUCUUUGAGGGCACCAACCUGCUCAACAAUCAGCAAGUGGCCAUCAAAUUUGAACCUCGGAAGAGUGAUGCACCACAGCUUCGAGAUGAGUACCGCACGUACAAAAUUCUCGUCGGUUGCCCUGGCAUUCCUAAUGUCUACUACUUUGGACAGGAGGGUCUGCACAACAUUCUGGUCAUCGACCUGCUCGGCCCUUCACUGGAAGAUCUUUUCGACCACUGCGGACGCCGAUUCACAAUCAAGACUGUUGUCAUGGUCGCCAAGCAGAUGCUUUCCCGAGUCCAGACGAUACACGAAAAGAACCUCAUCUACCGUGAUAUCAAGCCUGACAACUUCCUGAUUGGACGACCAGGCACUAAGGCAUCCAAUGUCAUCCACGUGGUCGAUUUUGGCAUGGCCAAGCAAUACCGCGACCCCAAGACCAAGCAGCACAUUCCCUACCGUGAGCGAAAGUCGCUGUCCGGUACUGCCCGUUACAUGAGUAUCAAUACCCAUCUUGGGCGCGAACAAUCGCGAAGAGACGAUCUGGAGGCCCUUGGUCACGUCUUCAUGUAUUUCCUUCGCGGUGGCCUUCCCUGGCAGGGCCUGAAGGCUGCCACUAACAAGCAGAAGUAUGAGAAGAUAGGGGAAAAGAAGCAGACUACUGCCAUCAAGGAUCUUUGCGAGGGCUUCCCUGAGGAGUUUAACAAAUACUUGACGUACGUCCGAAACCUCGGCUUCGAAGAUACCCCCGACUACGACUACCUUCGAGAGCUCUUCACCCAGGCUUUGAAGAACGCUGGUGACGUCGAGGAUGGCGAGUACGACUGGAUGAAGAUCAACAAGGAUUCGGGAAAGGGGUGGGACUCGAUGAAGAAUCAUGGCGCCGCAUACUUGCACAACCCAAACGCGCGCCCCGGUCCUUCUCAAAUGGAGCUGCACAGUGGUCAUCGUCCUGGGAAUACCACCUCUCAACAGCAGGCUCCGAUCACCGUCAGCCGUUUAAACGCCGCGCAGCCACCUCCUCCAUCGCCGAUCAAGCAGAUGGGGAGCAAGAGAGAUCGACCAAACGCCCAAGGCGGGCUGCAAGCCCAGCGCAUGAGUGGAACAGGCCUUCGCGAAAUGGGUACCCCGACUGGCUCAACCCAGGCCCAGUUCCAGAACAGCACCCAGAACCUGCCUCAGCCGAUAACGACCCAGCCGGGCCCCAUGGCGGCCGCGGGCCAGCCUAGCGGACGACCUGCCGAAGCCCCCCCGCCCAGCGGCUUCCAGAAAUUCAUCAAGACUAUUUGCUGCGGUUAAAGUGAGCGUUUUUGUUUCAGCGAGUUUUUCGGGAAUUUAUUUACCAUGCAUUGGCCGCGACAUUGUACCCCGACAAUUUUUAUGUCGACCGCCCCCCUUAAUUCUACUGGAGAUUUGGUUCCUCAAAAUAUAUACCUGCCGGCACGGCGGACAGUUGUUCUCUAGAUCCGAGCAACCGUGUGGCUUGGCCAAAUACUCUACAUGGCAAUAACGAGCUGCAGGGCCUUUGACUAGAGAAAGACGAUGGACCGUUUCAAGGCGACGACGCUCUGGUUUGGAAACAAAUAGCGAAUCGAUUUACUCCAUACAUUCACCACUUCCAUGUCAUAAACACCUACCACUCAAUAGAAGAACCGCGACACUGAUUGGAGCACAAUGUCCAUUAUGACCAACCGAGCAGGAGUUGAGAGAGAAGAAAAAAACGACAGACGGAUACUGGUCUUGAUUUUUAGCUUGGACUUGUUUUCUUUUUUUCUUUUGCUCUUUUUCAUUUUUUUUCAUUUUCUAUUUCAUUAUUUCCUUUUUUUUCCCUUAUGUCUGACAUUCCAUUACGACACCAUACUACACCACUUUCGAUGUGCAGCGCAGCAAGGCGCAGGAUGGUCACGAAGGGCAGCAGCAUUGGGUCUGGUCCGGGUGUACUUUUCUUUUUACUCUUAUUUGCACCGUCUAUAUAAUAAGUCUUGCGAGAUUUGCGAAUCAUGGAGUGGUGGAGAAUGAGAUAGAGAUGGGACAGGGGAGGGGGGGAGGGAGGAGAGCGAAGAGCGGGCAAUGGAAUGUGUGUAUAGAGACGAAUUCGAGAACAGUAGCAGCAUAUGGCGUGAAACAGUUCAGAAGUUGGCGGAGCUUUUUGUACGGAGGGCGAGAAGAUGUCUUUUGAGAGCUUGGGAUCCGUCAUUAGGUAGGGAGUUAUUCAUCGGUAUACCUUGUAAUGGAAUUAGGAUUGUCCAAAAAGAAAAAACGAAAAGAACAAAAAACAGGCGGCAAGACGAGUAGAGAGUAUCAAAAAAUAAUUGGAGCAAUUACUAUCGAA